AUGCCAUGUAAUUCGGAGGCAAGAAAGAUACGUGGACCUACUUUACUUAAAGAUAUUUGGAAACUUCCUCCAGGGAAAACAAUUGAUGUGCCAUUUAAUAGUCUCAACCAAUCUAUUGGAAAAGAGGGUCGAAAGCUUGCUAGCUUUCUACGAAUUAUUGCAAGAACUCCAGAACUAACACCUCUACACGUAGAUGAUUGGAGAAAUUUUGACAAUGAGGAAAAGAAGAAAUUGUUGGAUUUUGUGAGGAAGAAGUUCACUAUCCCAAAAUGCGGAGAAGACUUUGUCUUAAAGUUGCUAGGAAAGAAAUGGAAAGAUUACAAAUGCCAAUUAAAAGGUGACCAUAUUCCAAAGUAUAAGACUAAAGACGUUUUGCUGAAAAAUAGACCAAGUCGUAUACCGAGAGAUCAAUGGAGUGGUCUUGUCUCUUAUUGGCUUUUCGACAAAGCUAAGGCUGAAAAUGGUGUAGAGCCUACACGAGCAGAAGUUUUCUUAUUAACUCAUAAAAAACGCGCGGACAGUAGACCAAUGGAUGAUGAUUCUACCAAAGACAUGAUAAACGAAAAGAUGAGCAAUAGUGAGGGACCUACUGACCAACCUCCUCACCAUGUUGCUUGGAAAGGUGAUGUGUAUUCCCAAGUGUUGGGAAAUGAAAGAAGUGGAUAUGGUAGCAGAUCUUCAUUUGGAAAUAUUGAUCAAGAGGAUUCAUCUAAUGAUGUUGUACAACGGCUAGAACAUGAGAUUACUAAAUUAAAGGCGAAACAAAAUGAAGAAAUGAAUCUGAUGAAGCAAAAUCAGGAUAAUAUGCAAUUAGAAUUACUUCAAAUGAGACAAUUGAUGCAUAAAUAUGCUCCUAAUGAAUGCAUGCCUCAAAAUAUCAAUGGCACCUCAAGUGGACAGGUCCCCGAUGUUAAUAGUGGCCAUGGACAAAUACCAUAA